UUCCCGAAAAAUAGCGAUAGUUAGGAUAGAAACAAGUUCGGCACAAGAGGCAUUACCAGAAAUGUUAGCAAGUGCCUCGCAAAAAUCAGCCGGCAUUAAGGUGGCAGCAAGCUCUCCACCUGCAGCCUUAUCAUCUCUCGUAAAAACAAAUUCCCUGCCAUUAUCAGUACCUGUAGAGAUGACAGCAAGUCUCCCAACGCCAGUGCGGCCAACAAAUAUGACAAUUAGUUCCGUACCACCAAUGCCAAAACAAACUGCAUCUUCCCUUACCACAGUGAUAGCCUCAACAGUGCAGUCAACAAUUUCACUGAAAGCGUCAUCAAAAACACUAGAAACUCCAUUAUUAGCAUCAUUAGCAUCACCAGCAUCAACAGCAUCGCCAGCAUCAAUAGCAUCAACAGCAUCAACAGUAACAACAGCAUCAACAGCAUCAUCAGUAUCACCAGUAAAAACAUCAUCAACAGCAUCACCAGCAUCACCUGCAUCACCAGCAUCAACAAUAUCACCUGCAUCAUCAGCAUCAACAACAUCAACAGUAACAACAGCAUCAACUGCAUCACCUGCAUCACCUGCAUCAUCAGCAUCACUAGCAUCAACAGUAACAACAGCAUCACCUGCAUUCCCAGCAUCACCAGUAACGACAGCAUCAACAGCAUCACCAGCAUCAACAGCAUCACCAGCAUCACCAGCAUCAACAGCAUCACCAGCAUCAACAGCAUCACCAGCAUCAACAGCAUCACCAGCAUUAACAGCAUCACCAGCAUCAACAGCAUCACCAGCAUCAACAGCAUCACCAGCAUCAAAGGAAACAUUAGAAACUCCAUUAUUAGCAUCAUUAGCAUCACCAUCAUCAACAGCAUCACCAGCAUCAACAGCGUCACCUGCAUUCCCAGCAUCAUCAGUAACAACAGCAUCAAAAACAUCACCAGCAUCAAUGGCAUCAACAGCAUCACCAGCAUCAACAGCAUCACCUGCAUCACCAGCAUCACCUGCAUCACCUGCUAUACCAGCAUCAACAGCAUCACCUGCAUCAUCAGCAUCAACAACAUCAACAGUAACAACAGCAUCAACAUCAUCACCUGCAUCACCUGCAUCACCUGUAUCACCUGCAUCACCAGCAUCAUCUGCAUCACCAGCAUCACUAGCAUCAACAGUAACAACAGCGUCACCUGCAUUCCCAGCAUCACCAGUAACGACAGCAUCAACAACAUCACCAGCAUCAAUGGCAUCAACAGCAUCACCAGCAUCACCAGCAACAACAGCAUCACCAGCAUCACCUGCAUCACUAGCAUCACUAGCAUCACUAGCAUCACCAGCAUCACUAGCAUCACCAGCAUCAACAAUAACAACAGCAUCGCCUGCAUCACCAGCAUUAACAGCAUCACCAGUAACGACAGCAUCAACAGUAUCACCAGUAACGACAGCAUUAGCAGCAUCACCAGCAUCACCAGCAUUACCAGUAACGACAGCAUCAAUAGCUUCAUCAGCAUCAACAAUAUCACAAGCAUCUACAGCAUUAAGGGCAUCACCAGCAUCAACUAUUACAACAAAACUAUUAAUUUCAACAAACAUCAAGCCACAAAAUACAAGCAUUGUUACAAUUACUCCUUUGCAAUGCCCUCCCAACAUGGUGUACACUCCUUGUAAAUCAAUCUGUGAUGAGUCCUGUCAGUACAUGAACAACACGUGCAGAAAGACACUUGCAAUACCUUGUGUACCCGGAUGCAAGUGCCCCGGUGAAACAGUGUUUAAUGGCACAAAUUGUGUUAAACCAGCAGAUUGCAUUUGUUUCCAUAAAGGAAAGUACUAUGAUCCAGGCUCCACAUGGAAUGAUACUUGUGAUGAGUGCCAGUGUUGGAAUAAUAGUGUCAUCUGCCGACCUGUUCGUUGUCCUCCCCAGCUCGUUCCUUGUCCUAACAAUUCCAUGGCUUUGAUAUCUCCUGGACAAUGCUGUCAAUCUUGUGUAGUACCUGAAAAUGAAACAAAAUGUAUUUCACCCGAGUACAAAUGCAGAGAUCAUAGCAAAUGCAUUACCAAACACUGGGUUUGUGACGGACAAAAUGAUUGUAAAGACGGCGAAGACGAGGGAAAUUGCACCACCAGUAUAUCACCGUGUUUUGCAUCCUUAGGAUUGUCAGAUCGAGCGCCAGAUCAUUCCUUCGCAGCCUCGUCUUCUGCCAGUGUAUAUUACCGACCGAGUGAGGGACGACUUAAUAAUACUCAUGAUAAAGGAAAGGGAAACGGUUCCUGGUGCCCCAAACCUGACGAUACAGAACCAUAUCUGCAGGUCCAGCUGGACUCCUUACGGAAGGUGACCGCGGUAGCAACCCAAGGACAUCCAUUUCUUCACAAAUGGGUGACAUUGUUUCGAAUGUCAUAUAGUCGGAAUGGAGUUACCUGGACCAAAAUACAAAAGGCAUUCCACGCGAACAGGGACCAAACUUCCGUUGUUACAAACAAGUUUCCACAGUCAGUUAAGGCUCUUUACCUGCGAGUGUACCCAAUCCAGUCACACACCGAUCCAUGUCUGCGGCUGGAGUUCUACGGCUGCAACAUUAAGGUCGACGUUCCGCCUAUUUGUCCUGAAGUUAGAUGUAACAACAGUAAGUGUAUUAAUCACGAGAACGUUUGUGACGGACGAGAUGAUUGCGGUGAUGGCUCAGACGAGAUGACAUGCAACCCUUCUACACCAUGUGCAGAAUUUCACUGUGAUAACAACACCAAGUGCAUUUCCUUCAAAUCUCUAUGUGAUGGCCACAAGGAUUGUUCAGACGGUCAGGACGAGACUCAAUGUCCAACUCCAGCCGGUUCAGCAGGAAUCACGCGCACUCUAACACAUGCCACCCUGCGGAUAACGGCAAGGAUAGCAACUCUCGUCUCAACCAUCAACCGAAGUUCCCCGAGCAAAACUACGACCCCUCGAUUAACAACGGAAAUGAUGUCACCCGUUUCAGAGAUGAUGUCACCCGUGUCGAAGAUGUUGUCAACUGUGUCAAAGAUGAUGUCAUCUGUGUCGAUUAGGAUGUCAUCCAUGUCGGAAAUGAUGCCACCCGUGUCGAAAAUGAUGUCACCCGUGUCGAUUAGGAUGUCAUCCGUGACGGAGAUGAUAUCACCCGUGUCAAAAAUGAUGUCACCCGUGCCGCAGAUGAUGUCACCCGUGUCAGAGAUGGAGUCACCCGUGUCGCAGAUAAUGUCGCCCGUGUCGGAGACGGUGUCACCCGUGUCGCAGUUAACGUCACAUGUCUCGGAGAUUAUGUCAACCACAUCGGAGGUUAUGUCACCCUUGUCGGAGAUACGAGCGCUUCCUAGUCAAGCUACAGCAAAAAUGAGUUCUAUUAGCUUACCAGAGAGCACGAAGAUGGUCAUAACACCUUCAACUUUGUCUGUUGGCACCUCAAUGGUGAGGAGAAAGGAGUGCGGAAAAGAAUGCAUCUGUAGGAUGGACUGCUAUAGCAAAAUCAAUUGUGAACGUGGUGCCAAUUGUCCAUCUUGCAUCUGUGACAAUGGUACGCUAAAGUGGCAAAAUCGAUGUGUUGUACCCAUGCCUGAGCCAUGCUUGCCUCUAUGUGACAUCAAAGGACACGAAUUUCCGAUCAAGGAUACAAUACAUGACGGAGAGUGCCGCGUGUGUACGUGCAUGAGGAAACCCAACACCCUCAACCAAACAAUAGCCGUCUGCAAAACCACAUGUACGCUGUCUUGUACUAAGGGCUAUAAACUCGUUAUGCCGGAAAAUUCAGCCGGCUGUUGCAGGUGUCAGUUAAUAAAUGGGACUUCAACCACAGUCAAAAUGUAUUUGGGGACUGGAAAUAGUUUAACAAUAAGUGUGGAAAAUGCAAAGUCUCCUUCAUUAUCCACGGCAGCAAUUGGAAUACUGCUGCCAGGUCACAGUGAACCGGCUCGACCAGGAAACCAAGCUCAACGAUUGAAAACACCUACAACAAUAUCAACCCAACAAUUUCUGUUAGUAUCAAACAUAGAGAGUCUAUCAACGACAAUGUCUUCGGAGAAUUCCAAAACAACGAAGGUAAGAAGCUGGAUGGUAACGAGAUCUUCGGGAGGGUCAAUAACAACGAUAACAGCAACAACAACAAAAACAAGAAAAAUAAAAACGGUAGUGGUAAAUUUAUCAACGGUGGAAUCAACGGCAUCCACAACUAAAGAGCCAGAAACAACAGAGUUAUCACGUGCGACACCGGCAAUAUCCGAAAAGGAGCUAAAACAAACAAAGACAACAGAACCGACAUCGCUAAUUUCAGCAAAGGGAGGGAGUAAAGCAGUUUCAACAAGUCUUACAGCUAUUCUAACCUCAUCAAUGUCAUCUGUAAAAGAAUUGACAAGAACACCAACUGUGGGCAGUCUGAUAUCGACAAAACCCACUCGGGAAUCAACGUAUAAGUCAUUAAGUCCACUAUCAAACGUAUCUGCAAAGGAGUUUGUUAAAACACAGUUAUCAUCCCCCACAUGGACGGUAUCCUCAGAGAAAUCAGCAAAAACGACAAGUCCAACAACAACAAUAACCACUCAGGAAGCGACAACUGGAAAGGCAACAGGUUUGUCUAAGACAGCGUUAUCUCCAACAAAAUCGAGAACAAUUUCCAAGGAGACAAGCUCGACCACAGCAAUGGCCACGGAGGAAUCAAUGAUACAGAAAGUUGGAAGGCCAAUAGGUUCGACAUUUACGUCUUUUAAACAACAACUGUCAGCAACACCAAAGGUAUCGAGCCCGAUACCGGAAAUAUCAGCCCUUGGAUCUUUCGUGAGAAAAACAACAAUAACAAGCGCCUCAAGCGCAACGUCCGCCACAAUUAUCCAAGUUCCUUCACCAGCUGUGGUGAGCUCUUUAACAACUCAGUCAGUUCCGACAGUAUCCGCAUCGACGGUUGUGGGGACACCUACCACGACGACUCUCUCAAAACCAACAACAUCAACAGCUCUUCCAAAAAGCACGAGCUUUGCACAAACUUCUUCAGAAACAGGGACUACAAAGCCGACAUCAACCUGGGAAAUUCCAACAGUUUCUCCAUCAACGAUGGUGACACCUACUGCGGAACCAAUUACAUCAAAAGCCGUUCCGAAAAGCACGAGCUUUCCACAAACUUCUUCAAUAGCAGGGACUACAAAGCCGACAACAUCCAUUCAACCAGUAACGGAAAUUACAGAGGCUGAAGCUCCAAUAUCACGAUGCAAUAUCACUUCAGAGCCAAGAAGUAUUGUUGACAAAUCCGGCUGUUCUAACACUCAUCCAAUUCAACAGACAACUUGCAAUGGUUUUUGCAACUCAAACGCGGUCUUGAACAUAACCUCAUCUUGGGUCGACAUCGAAUGUUCUUGCUGUAAACCCAAGAAUUUUAGCGUCGCGAACGUGUCAAUGAAAUGCCCAGAUGGCAGUACUAAAGUUUUGAAGUACUUGGUUAUUACCGAAUGUGGCUGUGAAACUUGUGACAGCAAUGCCUAUAAAAGAAGGCUGCAAACUGUCCUAGGCGUUUUUCAAGGGAAUGUGACUGAAAUAACAAAUGACAACAGAAUGAAUUAGGACACUGCAUUGCCUUGUUAGCAUCACGGACAUUGGACAUUAGAAAAUUUAGCCUUUCAAGCAGACUCUCUACAGCGGGCAGCCGCGAAUCCUGCGAGAUUCAAGCCAGCGAGCGAGAGGAGCACGCGAGAAAUCUAGGAGAGAUCUCACUCUUUAUGCCAGAACUUGCGCGAACCUCUCGUGCACUUAUAUUUCUCGCUGACUCGAAACGCGCAGGCUUCGCGAGAGCCUGGUCGGAUAAGUUUGGUAUGUUUAAGUGAUAUUUAGAAUGUUUCAGACCAAAAGGUGUUAGAAAUAACUAAGGUAGAAUACAACAGAAUGAGGAUAUGUACAUCUUGUCUCUUGGUUACAAAGACAUACUACCAAAAUAAGUGCAAAUACAUUAUACGUGUGAGCAAUGUUCGCACGAAAAAAUUGUAUUUAUGAGUUGCCGGCAGUUUUUAAAUUCCAAGCACUUUUAUUUCCCUCAUGAGCCGAGGCUGAAUCGCCACGCCCGAGGCUUUCUUCGCACAGAGAAAUUUCCGAGCAUUUUCCUCCAUCAUAUGUCAUUGAAAAAACAUUGUAACUUUAUAAAAAUAGUGAAUAUUUAAGAUUAAAGUUUGAGUGUAGUUAUUAUU